AUGAUGGAUCCGGAAGACGCCAUUUCUGUUUCAUCCGACGAGGAGAACGAAGAGUAUGUCGAAAGAAGAGCCAUCCUCGAUCCUGCAGUUCGCAGCGUCGUGGAAGCGUUGGGAGGCUACGAGGGCGACACAUACAGGCUAGGAGAUGAGUGUUACGGAUGUUUAAAGGAUCUUAAGAAGUUCUGGCGCAAGGACGAUACUGACGACGAGCGCACGGUCGCACGCAUCUUCUGGGAGACCCGCGUGCUGCCCAACGACCUCAUACCCGUUCUGCUUGUGACCGCAGGAAAGGGAUUCUUUGAGGACAAGUGCGCCGUGGCGUGCGCUGACCUCAUGACCGCUAUGACGUGGCCCAUCGACCUGGCAGAAGAGCUGAAAGAACUUGACGAGGAAUACGACAAGGGGGCAGACUACACGCAGCUGCUUCUCAGCCAUCUAAAUUACAAGGCUGCCCUGCUACGGCCAGGAGUUAUGGAGGGGCUGUUGGGGAUCAUGAUUCCUUGUCUCACGAAAGACGCUAAGGAGCGGAAAGAGCGGGACGUGCAGAUUGUCAACGUCGUACUUUAUCUAAUUCGAAACCUUGCGUUCAUCAAGGACCUUCCCGCGAACACGUAUCUCAGUGCAGACCAGGCGGAAUACUCCUCACUGCAGAGCCGGCUCGUCAAGGCUCUGUCGGAUACCGGUUUCUUGGACCUGCUGUUGACAAUCGCGUCGAACGUGUCAAGCAACGCGAUGUUCAACAAUUGGAACGCUCUCGUACUCGAGAUCUUCUAUCUCCUGUUCCGGGGAGUCAAACCAACAUCUUUGACUAUGGAUCAGGCCAAGCAACCUGCACAGAACCUCCAACGCCUUCUGGCCGUGGAAGAUCAGCGCAGGCGCGACUUCUCUCGCAAAGCGACGUCGCGCCACUCUCGCUUCGGCACUACCAUCUCCAUCAAGCUGAAUCCCGGGAAGGCGCAGCCACGUAGUGGAGAUGGAGAGAGCAUAGAGAAUGACCAGAAUAUUCCCUCGCGAAGCGCCCAGCCCUACGUGUUGCACCGCCAACAAGCGAUUAGCGGUGAGGCUGGCAGCAUCUUGGACCUAGCAAAGCGUCAAAGGAAAGAGAAAGGGAAGAAGAUCGACGAGCUCGGGCGGGAGGACAACCUCUCGCUGGACUCUAGGGUCAUCUUACAGAACCUUGCCAAGAACUUCAUCGAAGCAUGUUUCAACCCGUUCCUGGCAUCUCUGUUGAAAGACAUCAAGGCUGAGAGGCCGAAGAUAACCGAAAAGGAUAACUUGCGCUUGCUAUAUGUCGCCAAGUGGUUCCUGGAGUUCUUCCUCGACAUGAGAGCAAAAGGCGAAGAGUGGAAGUUCGGGCUGAUCGCGGAGGUCACGGAGCGGUCAUGGAUCAUCUGGGUGCUCAAGCGAAUGCGCGAAGCGGUGGAGGAGAAGCCGAAACUCUGGACUGAACUUCAAGCCGGCAUCGAAUGCCUCACGCAGUUGGUGCUCAUUAUCGACAGCAUGGUCAGCGAUGCGGAUGAGGCGGUCGUCGAGGCUGCCGAGGUGCUUCAACAGCAGAUCGUGUACAAUGGCGAAGUACUGGACAUCGCUUUCGAUCACCUGCGGGUGUACAAGGAGGGUGUCCAGAGCAUCGCAUACCUCGACUCUAGUGUGCAUCUAGCAUAUGCGCUGCUGCGGAUGCUCGAGAAGUGGGCGAAGAGGCGUGGCCCAGGUGGCGAAAUGUAUGUCCGGCGGAAGGCGAAACCGAGGAGGAAGAAAGGUAAAGGUAAUGAGGAUGGCGUUCCUGACGUCGAGGAGGAACCGGAGGUAGAAGAGGAGAUCUUCAACGAGACUAUGUUCACGUUCGAGAUGUUUGAAGCGAAAUUUGCCAACUCCGACAUUACUCAGAGCCUCGUCGCAUACCUCACGCGUUACAAGGAUUUCGCAUCUUCCGAGAACAUGAAGCGCGUUGUGGGCCUGAUGCAUCGCCAAGCGGUGAGAGCAAAGGCGGAGGGCUUGUACUUCACGGUCUCAACGCUCGACUUAUUCAAGAACAUUCUCAGAGAGGAGAAGUCUCUCCCGCGUGACCAGGCUCACAAAGAUCUAAUUGUGCUGAUUAACUUCAUUCUGCGCAAGUUCUUCAAAGCAGCUGCGGAGGACUCAUUCGCCUUCUUCCCAAAAAAUCGUGGUCACUGGAAACACCUUUCGAGCUGGGAGUCAGAGGAGAAGACUUCAAGGGCGGAGCGCACGGUCGAGGACACCCGCUUCCCGCCCGACGUGCAGGUGAAGAAAGGAUAUACGUGGAGCGAGCAGCUCGGCGUUGCCAUCGCGUGCUUGGUCGAAGAGGGUAAGAUGGAGCUGAUAGUAUGGGUUAAGCAGAUCUUAGCGCUCGCGGUUGCCCAGAGGCAGCGGAUCAUUGAGGACACAGAUGGUUCGUCUUCGCGAGUGAGCGCUGACGCGAACGACAGCGCCGACGAGGAUGACAUGGACAUUGAAGCUGUGACCAAGCUCCGCGGCCCCUCCGGCGAUGCGCUCGCCAAGAUUACCGACUACAUGAUACCGUACGUCAGCGACGAGGAGGCGAAUGCAGCCACGAAGGAUCCUCAUCUGAAACUCGUAUUCCGACUGGUCAAGUUCUUCGUCCUGGAUGAGAACGCAGACGAACUCGAAUGGUACAUUCCCGCAGCGACCUUGCCGUCCGACAUGCAGCGGAGCCUGAACGUCAUCAACCAAUUCCUCGAGACGCCGCUGGACCUGGGUGGAAAGAAAGCCGCGCAGCUUCUCAGCAAGAAACGGCGCAGGCGCAGGCGGCGCGCCCCGUCUCCCGACUCUGACGGCGAUCAGUCCGACGAGAUACCCAAGGUGAAGAAGAGGAAGGAGAAGAAGCAGAAGGAGAAGCAGCAGUACAAGUCCGCGCAAUUUAUCGAGGACAGUGAUGUGGAGCCCGGCGACAUGGAAAUAUUCCUGGAGAAGGAGAAGGCACUGCGGGAACGCACAGCCCUCGCCGCGGCGGCGAGCGGGCUGUCGGGCACUAUGCGACCUACGGGCACGAAGAAGAGGCGGAGAAAAACCGCAGAGGGUGGGACGGGGAAGAAGAGGCAGAAGCGCGGCGGCAAGGACGCAAAGGCCCAGCUGGACUCGGAAAAGGAGCCGGACAAAGACAAGGACACGGAUGUGCAAAACGAGUCGGACGAGAGCGACUUCAACAUCUUCGGUUCGCCAAGGCGUUCUCCAUCAACUGCUGAUACAUCUCCACCGGAGGUAGAGGUGCCCAAGGCAAGACCACGACCACGCCCGAGACUUGUUGCGCAACCCUCUCGCCCAAUUUCUGCUGUUGGAUCUCCUGCGACAGUGUUGACCAGGAAAGAGCGGGAAAAGUCUGACGAUGAGCUUAACGGCUCUCGAAAUACUGUUCCGGGGAGGAAAAAAGGACGGUUACAGUUGGUGAUAUCAGACGACGAGGACUGA